CACCCUGACGGCCGCUCUCUCCCGCUCCGGGGGUUGCUCUGUGGUGCUGCGCAUGCGCGGUGCGGCCGCAUGGACUUUGGCAGCUUGUUUACAGGGAGGGCUAGGCCGCAGCCGCGGGCUGGAUUUACCGCUCCGCCUCCCGCCCGCUCGCUCUUCCUGCUAUGGGGAAAGGAUAGCAGCCCGGUGCCAUGUACUCCCCGCAACGCCGGGACUUUAUGUCGGUCACCCUGAUCCAACCGGACGGGGGAGGCGGAUACAACAACAGCAAGAGCUGGAGGAGGAGAACCUGCUGGAGGAAAUGGAAGCAGCUAUCGAGGUUACAGCGCCUGAUCAUCCUUUUAAUGUGCGCUGUGUUUGCCGUCACCGCCGUGAUGUCAUUUUCCAAUCUGGGAGAGUACUGGAGAACUCUGACAAAACAAAUGGAGGCCCGUGAUGAAGAAGAGCCGCCAGGGUUGCAUCCUGCUAAUAACGCUGUUCUACCGGUACCUCAGAGAGAAAAGGAGCGAGAGCAGAUGUUACCAAAGCCCCCUGUACAGAAACCUAAAAGGCCAAACAAGCGAGGUCCCCCCAUCUUGAAAACACCACCUCCACAGGGUCAAAAACCAGAAGACAAUGAGCUGAGGCCGGAGCAAGCGUACAACAACCAGCCAGUCAUCAGCUGGCGAGGAGCAGUGAUCGAACCAGACCAAAUUACUGAACCAUCUUCCAAUAAGCAACAAGAACCAUCUAAAGUGGAGCUGCAGGAUGGCGGGGACCAAAAAGAGCCAGUGCCUAUUAAUGAACGGCAGGAGGCAGUAAUCGAGGCAUUCCGCCAUGCCUGGAAGGGGUACAAAGCAUUUGCCUGGGGUCAUGAUGAACUGAAGCCAAUCUCCAAAUCUUACAAUGAAUGGUUCGGCCUGGGGCUCACCCUCAUAGAUGCGUUGGACACCAUGUGGAUCAUGGGAUUAAAAGAAGAGUUUGAAGAAGCGAAGGAGUGGGUUGCCACCAAGCUAGACUUCAAUAAAAAUGUAGAUGUUAACCUGUUUGAAAGCACAAUCCGGAUCCUUGGAAGUUUGCUGAGCACGUAUCACCUGACACAGGACCCAAUGUUCUUAGACAAAGCGAAAGACAUUGGUACCCGCCUGCUUCCUGCUUUUAACACCCCUUCCAAGAUCCCUUUCUCUGAUGUGAAUAUUGGGCGAGGUACGGCUCAUGCGCCACGUUGGACAUCUGACAGCACGGUGGCUGAGGUGACCAGUGUCCAGCUGGAGUUUAGGGAGUUGUCCCGCGUUACAGGAGAUGACCGGUACCAGAAAGCUGUCGAUCAAGUAACUCAGCAUGUCCACAAUCUCUCCGGGAAACGAGAUGGCUUGGUGCCCAUGUUCAUCAACACUAACACUGGGCAGUUCACUCACCCUGGGGUCUUUACUUUAGGAGCCCGUGCUGAUAGUUACUAUGAAUAUUUGCUCAAGCAGUGGAUCCAGAGUGGGAAGAAAGAGAACACGUUUUUGGAAGAUUAUAACCAGGCCAUUGAGGGAGUGAAGAAAAAUCUCCUCCGAAAAUCUUCACCUAAUCAGCUGACGUUUGUUGGCGAGCUGUCACAUGGACAUUUCAGUCCCAAGAUGGAUCACCUAGUGUGCUUUCUGCCUGGAACCCUGGCUCUGGGGGCCCACAACGGCUUGACUGCUGGUCACAUGGAUAUAGCUAUUGCUCUAAUGGACACCUGUUACCAGAUGUACAAGCAAAUGGAGACUGGCCUGAGUCCUGAAAUAUCUCACUUCCACAUACAUGAUCAGCUGAAGGGAGGAAAGGACAUUGAUGUAAAGCCUGCCGACCGGCACAAUCUCCUGAGGCCAGAGACGGUGGAGAGCCUUUUCUAUCUGUAUCGGUUCACUGGUAACACCAAAUAUCAGGACUGGGGCUGGGAUAUCCUACAGAGCUUCAACAAAUAUACAAGGGUAUCGUCCGGCGGUUUCACCUCUAUUAACAAUGUGCAGAAUACCGGCAGCCCUGAACCUCGAGACAAGAUGGAAAGCUUCUUUCUCGGAGAGACACUCAAGUAUUUUUUCCUGCUCUUCUCAGAUGAUGUGGACCUACUCAACUUGGACAAGUUUGUCUUUAAUACAGAGGCUCAUCCACUGCCCAUCUGGGCAUCUUAGCAAAUGUUGUGGUCUUCUCUGAUUAAUUAGAAAGCUUUUGGUCAGUGACAAGCUACAUAAGAAAGGAGAAUCCAGGUAGUCCCACCGGUGAUCUCUCUAGGAGCCCUGGCUUCUGUUUCAGCUGCUGGUCGAUCACUGACAGAAUCAUGAUUCAUGAUUUAAGAUUUUUCUUUUCAUAUUUAUAUUACAGUAGGCAAAAUAUUGAAUCUGCUCCAUGCAAAUGUGGCUGACCAGACUAAAAGUCUUUUAUCCGGUGCUCAGUACAAGGCUCCACUGUGGCCCUUAUCUGAGCAUUUAUAGAGGGCUCUUCCAUGGGGCAGCUAUUUACAGGAGAAGAAUCAUCACCAGAUAUUUGAAUUUACUUCUUUUCUCCCAACAUCUGCCUGCUGACCAAGAGCAGUUAAGUUUCAAGAAUUGACCAACGUGAAAACGGUCUCUACUGUACCGUCGGGUAACGUAUCAGAGCUGCCAGCCUUCAGAAACUUUUAUGAUGAGGUUCAACUCAGGGAUAGAGGGAUUAGGAAAAUGAUUAGCUUUAUCUGAGCCCUCUGAACGAUGUCAUAUCAACUGGGGCCAACGCCGUGCUUUCGGAUAAUCAAGCACUGAAGGGCAAUAGACCUUCGGCACUGGCCUGAUCCACACCCUGACUCUCCUGUCCAGGACCUGUAGCCGUCCCGCUUAUCUUAAAUGGGAACACUGUGAAUAACUUCUACAACGUCUGUUACUGCACAUCUCAUUAACCUGCCACAAACACUCUUUGGGAAUGUAAAUACGUUUCCAUGUGUAAUGUAGAAUUAUCCCCUUUUUUUCUGCCAGCAGUUGUACUUCUACCAUCCUAGCUGGUAGUCCACACAUUGUGAAACGUGUGUGUAUGGCACCCAGACAAGUUCAUAAGGCACCACAUUUCUGUAACAACACUGGGGAAACAUGUCAUCAGGCCCUAGCGCUUUCUCUCUCUGCUAGUCAUUGAUUAAAGAACCUGGUGUCUGAAGAAUUGAAUACAGGGAUUUGUGGGCGUUUUAUUAUUAUUCUUUGUUCCAGGAAUUAUCUGGAGUGCGAAUUAAAUCCGAUCUGACCCGGAUGAAUCUAUAAGUAUGUUCAGUUUCCGCAGUGUUAGAAAAUUAAUUCCACAUACACGACUGAUUUAUAUCCAGCCCUUGAUCAUUUUUCCAGGUUCUACUGUGUAAAAUAAAGACAGACUGCGUGGAUGAUGUUAAAUCUGAAUUUUGAUCUUUUCUGUUGAUUAAUUUGAACCUUUUUGAUGAUGGAGGCACAGGAACAGACAAACUGAACCCAUUGCUAUGUCAUAUGUGUGUGGGCCAUGAGCAUCUUGUGUACGAUGCUUGCAGUCUGGCCAUCGGAACACUUUAUUUUAUUUUUUAAUGGAUGUGUUAAUGUUUUUUUCUUAUAAUCGGGUAAUUAUGAAUAUGAUUUUAAAAUAAUAUAUACUUUGUGAAAUAUAUAUAUAUAAAUAUAUAUCAAAUUUUAUUUCACGUUCAGCAGGGGCUAAGGCUUUGUGAAGUGAAUUUAUUUUUCUCUUUUGUGUAUAUUUUGUAUAUUUUAUAGACAUUGGUUCUGAAAUUUAAGCAUUGAGCAUUGGUAGCUAGACAGUACAAUUUCAUAGCUUUGCGCUUCAUUUCAAAGGGCCAGUAUUGGUUUUAAAGUGGAGAAUUUGCAGCUGCUUUGAGUGGUCAGAGACAUUGGUGUCAAAUAUGGGGAGUGGUCGUCCCUUUGUGCUGCUUUGAGCUGAAGAGUUUUUUUUUUUUUACUUGUAGUUCCAUCAAUGGUCACCGGGGGAGUUCUAGAGUAAGAUGCAGUCAGUUCUUUUUGCUGUGUUUGCACUCUGACUGCAUUAUUCCUGUAGUGACUGGUUUUUAUUUUAAUUCCUGCAUAUCCUAUGAUGGCAAUCUUGUUUGCAUCUUUUAUUCCUGUUUUUGUUAAGUGCGACAUUCAAGUUUGAAAUAGAAUUUUAAAGUCUGGUUUGUUAUAAUGGACUUAUUGCAUCGUUGGUCCUUAAGUGGUUAAAAACCAGUCGAUUAGCCGUCAUUGAGACCGGAUUACAGACAGGAGGUGAUCAGCACAUACGAUUAUAUAAACAUACGAUACAGAUGAUAUUCUUAGUA